AUGAAAAAACCCAAUGAACCGGAUAAACUGGACAAUUUAGCCCUUAUCAUCCGAAAAUCAUUUUUCUCGUCUCCUUUAUUCCUGACAAAUCGACCGAUCGAUUCUGCUCGUGUCCUUUGGCGAUGGAUGAAGUAUUUGAGCCUGACACAAUCGACGUUCAAGUUGAUGAAAAAAAACAAAUCAGUUUCAAGAUGUAAAGUUGAAUUCCUUAAUGCUCUUUGUGAAGACAGUGAUGACGAACUAGUGGAAGGUGAAGGAGAGAAUACUCGGGUAGAAGUAGAUGAUGAGAAAAACACUAAAGAAUCUAGUGAUGAAGAUGAAAUCGUAUACGAAGGUCAAAUGGAAUGUGAUGAAACCGGUUAUUGGAGAAAUGUAUGA